AUGGCUCCAUACAUCCAGGCGUUGUUUUCGCCCAGCUCCUUCAACAAACCGUACAUCAGUAUCCGAGCCCUACGCAAUGACUGCAAAGUUGAGCUAGGAUUACAGAAGGAGGAUCUACCACCUGAUAUUGAAGACUGGAGUAAAUUUGAUGUAAAGAAAUGGGCUCUGUCACUGCAGAAUGUAGAUGACUCUCUUGCAGAACUGCUGUUUGAAGAAGAGAUCUGUGGUUCCAGUCUUUUACUUUUAGACGAAUCAAAACUUAAAGAAAUUGGUGUGAAGCUUGGACCAGCUAUGCAUAUUGUCCAUGCCAGAGAUGAGCUCAUCAACUUCAAGAGAGUUGAGCCAACAUGUUCCAGAAACCAGUCAACUGGAGAACCAACUAAACCAUACCCAUUUGGUAGAUAUCAUGAUGCUUUUAGAUAUCUAAAGGACAACAUUCUUGCGGUCCCAGAAUCAGGCCCCUUGAACCUCAUAGAACCCUGUCAUGAAUUCAAAGGAUUUUAUAACACACAAGAGGAUAAGAAAAUGGAAAAAUUUAUCACUGAGGUCAUUAGGUUUGCUGCUGCCUGCAUGAAUAGCCGCACUAAUGGUACCAUACAUUUUGGAAUAGGAGACAAGCCAGAUUUUGUUCAUGGUCAGGUGUUGGGAGUGGCUGUUGAUGACAAAGAGGCAUAUGCAAAAUCCCUAAAAGAAGCCAUUGAUGGUUACUUUGAACACAAGCACAAGGAAGAUGCUCAAAAGUGCAUUAAGCCUCCUCGUUUUGUUGAGGUCUUAAACAAAAACACUACGUCAUCUUAUGAAUAUGUGAUUGAAGUGGACAUUGUGCCUCAGUUUGCUAUCUGUGGAGAAAAAACCUACCAAACGUAUACCAUAAAGAAAGCAAAGAAAAUGACUAAUGAGACCAAAUCACAACAAUCAAGACUUUUCUACAUUCGUGAUGGUGGUAGUUCCAGAGAUCUUUUUGCCCCAACUACAUCUUCCAAACCCAUGGUUGAGUAUAAGAAGUUUGUUGAUGGAAUACCACAACUAUCACAGCUCCGCAAGGAUGCAGAGGAGAAGCACUCCGAAGCAAUAAAAAGCUCAACUCAAGGCUCAGAGUUAAUGCACAUGAUAACGAGUGGAACUUUGUCAUUGGAUAAGUCCAAUUUUGAUUGCUACCUGGUCGUGACAAACAAAUCUCAUUCAAGCCAUCUUGAAAAUCUGGAUUUUCUCACAGAGCUCGAACCUGUAGCUGUUCUAGACUUUGAUUCUGAAUCAAAUGAAAAUGGAUUACUGAGUUACUAUAAGCAGAAUAACACGGUGAGUCCUCAUUUACCAGCAAAAUAUAAAAUAAUGGGAAGUGUCAAAGAAACUGCGGUCAAAUUGGAGUUACCUAAUAACACCGGCUGGGUAUUCUGCAAUGGAGGUAUUGAGGGAGAGAAACCCUCAGACAUUAAACAGUGGUUAAAAGAGAAAGGGGCCUCUGUGCACGAUGUGAUUUCUUUCUUGUGCCGCAGAGAUGUGCUUCCAGACAAGAGGUUCCUUGUCAUUUUCUUACUUUUGUCAACAGUUAGUGAGAAAAUGGACCCACUGGUUGAGACUUUCAUAAUGUUAUUGCAGGAACUCAAAGCCACGGGUCAAAUUCUCUGUAUCUGUGAUAAUGAAAAUGCAUUUACUUCAUGGAAGGAUCUCAUUUUUGCAAGGUGUGGGGAGGACAUCUCUGACAGAUGUAUAUAUGAGCUCAGCUUUGCUGAAGUCAAUGGAACCAUUCGUAGUCUUUGGUCAGAAAACCGAAGAGCCAUUCGGUUUCUACCUUGUGGGGGGGGGAUUAAGGUGCCUCUGUUGAAAAAAUCUGAGCGCAGCCUAAAAGCCUUAGAGGUCCUGUGUGUGAACCAGUGUGAAGGAGGAAAUGAGGACAGAGUUGCCAUUGAGGAGGACUUUUAUAGAGGUGGAAAUGUCUCAUGGUGGAAUUUCCAUUUCUCUGAGCAGCCUGGAUUAACCGCAUUCAUCAAACGGGACAAGUUUGAUUACAUUGUGGACACUAGUAUACCAGAUCUAUGCUCACUAACAAAAGCUUGUGUGCUGCUCAAUCUCAUCCAUUUGCCUGGGUGUGGUGGGACAACUUUGGCCAAGCAUGUGUUGUGGGCUCUUCGUGACAGAUUUCGCUGUGCUGUCCUCAAGAAAAAGUCUAACUUUGCUGAUGUGGCUGAACAAGUGGUCCAACUUUUGAUGUAUGCCUAUGAUGAGCAAACACCAAGGAUCCCUGUACUGCUAAUGAUAGAUGACUUUGAUGAUAUGGAGAAUGUUAAUGACUUACAGCAGGCCAUUGAAAAUGAGUGCAUUGAGAAAGACAUACAAUCAGCUAAAGUCAUUCUCCUCAACUGUAUGAAAUCAAAGUCAUUUGAAGUGACAGAGACAACUCCUACCACUGUAUUCAUUGGGAACCGUCUCUCUGACAAGGAGCUGAAACUGUUUGAGGUGAAACUUGGAGAAAUAGAAAAAGAACAUCAGAACAUUGAAACUUUUUAUGGUUUCAUGAUAAUGAAGGAAAACUUUAACCCAGAAUAUAUUAAAGGGGUGGUCCAGAAAACUCUGAAAAACUUCAACAUGGGGGAAAAGAAUGCGCAACUAUUUGCUGUUUUGGUUCUGUUGAAAGUUUACUGUAAUGGCUCCUCUAUCUCCUUAUCUCUAUGUAUGGAUUUUCUGGACCAUCCAAAACCUGUUUGUGGAGAUGUUUGGAUUGAUGAUAUCUUUCAGGAAUAUUCCAGUUUCAUUUCUAGCUGCUUCGAUCAAGACAUAGUUGUUUACAAAGCUGUGAAAAUAACAUACUCAGUCAUUGCAAAGCAAUGUUUGGAGGAAAUCAAAAAUACACACAAUGUGACAACAGCAAAAAUUGCCAACUUUCUUUUGACCACAGACCAGCUUUAUGAGCAUACCCAAGGUAGAGACAAUCUCUUUCAAGAUGUUUAUCAUAUUUUAGUUAAAAGGUUUCCUUCAUUUGACGAAGAUUCUCGGUUCUCUCCUCUCAUCCAACAAGUGGCUAGAGAAACACCAGGGCAGGAAGAGAUAGUGCUAGCAAAUGCAACAAAAAGAUUUGACAAUGAUGCUAUUGUCUGUCAGUUGUUAGCCAGAUACUACUAUUUGAAAAAGAAGGAUUUUUUGGUUGCAAAGGAUUGGGCAAAUAAAGCAAUGGAACUUUCCAAGGACUCCUAUAUGGCAGACACUGCAGCACAGGUUAUUAAGCAUCAGCUAAAGAGUGAAAUUUCAGAGUGCAAAGAAGAUCCCAUCAGCCCAGAGAAAUUGUUAAGUUCCCUCAAAUUGGCCCAGUCUGCAAUGGUAGCAUUUAGGGAAACACAAGACCUUGCUAAGAGGGAGUCUUUUGAGCGAUUACAAAUCAAAAGAAAUAACUGCCCUUUCAACACUUCAGGAUGUCUUGGAGAAAUCCAGGUUGGAGUUUUUGUUAUACACUUAUUACAGAAAACUGUGUUUUCCUCUGAUGGUAUUCGACAUGACAUAAUGAGCCAGUUUCUAUCUGGAAAUAUUUCACUGAGUAAGAUGGAGAAAAGUGAUCGCCAGGGCAUUAAAUACAAAGAGUAUUAUCAUAUUCUUAGAGGGUUUGAGAACAUGCUUUCCAUUCUCAAACAAAGAAUGAAGUGGAACUUUGACUACCUUGAUAGAGGUCAUGUGAAUCUCGGGACCGUGAUUGGAAUAAAGAAUCCCCGUGAGAAGGUAACCCAAACUGAAAUUGCUAGGUGUUUCGAAACGUAUUCAAAUGUUUUCUGCAAGACAGAAUCUGAAAAUGAUUUGAAAAAGCAACAUUUUAACCUUGACCUUCACCUGGCAAGACAGUUCCUUGAGAAGGAAAAAGCUGAUACCUUCUCUGGAAUUUUGGAUUGUCUCACAAAGGAAAUCACAACUGAAAAGAUAGAAGAAAUUGUUCGUCAACACAAUUUUAUUUGCCUACCUAAGCACAAACCAAAAAUAAUAGAAAGAAUCAAUAUGAUCUAUGCAAACGUUGUGUUGGGCUGUAUUAAACCAGAAUCAGAUGUUCUGUUAUACCAAGACCUGCUUAUUGUCCUUUCUGAACUUCUGCGUGAAAAACACACAGAGGAAGAGUAUUUCUCACUGCUCUUCCUUGCAGUUGUGCUAUUAUGGCCGUCACCAGAACAUGAACUGUGUAUCCAGCUUGGGACUUACAUCUCACAGCUGAAAGUGUCCUAUUUUGAGCAGAUGAAGGAAGUCUUCAAUGGAAAGCGUCCAAUUGUCCAUUUCCUGUUGGGGACUAAGAGCAGCUACAUGAGACUCGUGCAAAUAAAAGCAAUCCAAAGUUGUGUCACAGGUUCAGAGGAACGGUUUGCUUCCCUUUGGGGAAAUGGCCAAAUAUUUAGAAAACAGGAAGUGAGAAAGUUACUUCAAAGGUUCACUGGUCAGGUGAGGGGGAAAAAGAAGAUAAUGGUAGAUACUUGUUUCCUGGAUCAGAAGCUGGAAGUCAUCCCAUUGUUUCAGAGUCAGAUUACUGGACUUCAGCAUGGAUCAAAGGUGUCAUUUUUUAUUGGGUUCUCCAUGAAAGGCCCUCUUGCACUGGACAUUGAGAGGUUCUAAAAGGCCUCCUUGGACUCAUUCUCUUUAGUGUUUAUUACUCUCUUUACAAAGAAAGAAAAGACAUUUAAUAAAUCAGAACAGUAAUAGGACCACACCAUUUCCGAUUAUUCUGAACCCCUAUGGAUGAUUGCAUUUGUAUUGACCUUUUAAAUGGGUUUUCAAGGGGCAUAAUUUUAUUUUAUGAAAUUUCCUAUUUUUAUCAUAG